AUGGUCUUUGGUGGAGGGGCUAAUCUUCCGGUAGCAAUUCGCAUGCUUGACUCGUUAAGAGGCAAGCAACAGAGUUCGCCCUGGUUCGAUAGUCUCUCCACAUCGUUGAUCGCAAUGAACAUUAACUCGUCGGUUUUAUUCGGAUCACCACUGGGUCUCUCUUCUCGUUUCAGAGCCAGCUCAGACGCACUCUCACAUCCCACUUGGCUCUUCAGUAGUCAGUUACUGGCAUACGCUAGGAAAGAAUGAUGAACAACGCACGAAGAGCUUUGAUAGCAUGGUGCAAGCCAGAUUUACUUGGAAUGGAAAUAUUCGUACAGCCAUUACAUCAGGGAUGAAGACAAAGAAUAUGAACUCGAAACACUCUAAAGCAAUUCUAUCACACAUAAGCAUUACCUAUCACUUUUUUUGUUCCAAUAUGUUCUCAUUAUCACCGCACUAAUUAGAAAAAUUUCCAUUUUUAUAUCCCAUUUCACUAUGGUGCUCUUGUUUAUUUGUUUACACUCCUAUAACUGAAGAUCCGAGGCCGUUAUUAUUAUUAUUUAUUAUUCAUACCUUGAGGUAAAUCCUACUUGCAGGUAGUUUUAUCACUCAUUAUCAUAUAGUUUUAUCACUGAUAACGACUGAUAAAACUACCUGGAAGUAGGAUUUAUCUCAAGGUAUCAAUGGUGAAUACGGCCUCUCAAUUCACUUAGCCACUAUUAUACUCCCAUUCCAUUUAUUAUGGUGCUCUUGCUUCAAUUUGUUUGCACUCCUAUGACUUGAAGAUCUGAAUUCACCUAUUUUCUGU